CAUGCCCAUUCACCCCAUGGACACUUGCAUAAACAACCUGGAGAGCCAAGACAGCUGACAAGGGAUCCAAAAUAUACUCUUAAACCUUCGGGUAAACUGGGAAUAUGAACAGAAUCGCAGGCGCUUUACGACGGACGUUUGGACUAGUGCGUGAGCACGUAGGGACAGACCAUUUAGGAAAUAAAUAUUACUUUGUCCCAGAACAGAAGACUUGGACAGGAAGGCUUGUCCGUGCCAAGCGGAUGGUAGAAGCAGCCAAUCCUGCUGAAUAUGAGUAUAUGGAAGGGAGCAUUCCGAUGGAGUGGGACGCUUGGAUCCGAGGCAGACGGAAGGAGCCCCCCUCCAUCGAGGAACUGGAAAGGAAUGAGUUCUACAGGGAAGACAUAAAGCUAAAGGCCAAGGAGGUGGAGGAGAGAGAUCUCAUCGAACGAACUAAGGAGUACGAGGAAGGUCUGGUGGCGACUCCGAGGACUGUGGCCACAGGCCAUGCAGCCACUACCAGCUUUGGCAAGCAGGAGGUCAGUGAGGAGCCCACCAGCACCGGAGACACCUUUCAGCCAGGCUCCUGGAUGCCGACUUCAAAGAAAUAAAUGGACACACCCUCAUAAACCGAGAGCUGUAAAAUCCAGCGGAAACCCCUGUAAUAAAUACUCCCUCCAUAAAAGUGAAAUUAAAAUUCUAAUAUUCUCAACACGUUUCAUUAUAAUGCAGUACAAUGUGGUAUUUUUAAAUAUUACUUCUAGAAUUACAUUAAUUACCACAGAUAACUCUUCUGUGCAGUCACAGUAUGUUUCAGAUAUUUACUGUUUUAUUCAACAGUGUUACAUUAUAAAAGGGGUUGUAUAUUUUUCUAGUCUCUAAGAGUUGUGUAUAUAAAGCAGGGAAACUGAAAAGCCGCCAGCUUAUUGUAAUAAAUUAAAAUUGAUAGCAAUCAACCUUACCCUGUUACACUAAAUAUGCUCCAUCUAUGAACAAAAUAAAAUGUAACUUUUUCACUAAAAAAUAAAAUGUUUUUAUUUUAUGAGAUAUAUGUAAAUUAAGACAUGAACAAUUUUGUGUCAUCGAGCUGUUGUUCAAUUAAAUACUGUUAGGAUCUUUUUUUUUUUUUUUUUAACAUGGAAAUUUCGCUGAUUUGUUCUGAAUCAUGUCAUUUUUGUGAAUAAUGUAAUCUUGAUCCUGGCUGGUGCAUAAUUCAUUCCCUUGCGCAUUGGCCACAGAACAGCAUUCCAAGAAGCUGGCGGUUGUUGAACAAAGAUCGAGCAGAGCAGAUACAAGUUAACAGAGCAGCUUAAGUUGGGAUCUUGCAAUUCAGUCAUGGUGUAACUACACACCCAUGCUGUCUUACAUGUGUACUUGUAAAGUGAUACUACACUAAACUGAAGCAUGGACAA